UAAAUCCCACUUAACAGAACACGUAACCUCAAAACUUGUGGUCAAAAAUUUCGUAAAAUAAACACUUGUAGUUAAUUCUUAUUUCGAUUUCAAUUUUGUGGAAAAGUGCUGUCACACGAGCAUAAGAAAUGUCCAAUUUAUCAAAAAAAACUGAAUACGUAAGUGCCGAAGUCAACAUGGUGUUAUGACGCUGGAGUACUGCUGAUAACACUAAUAUAAUUGAUUAGUCCACACUUUGCCCAGUCACGGUACACAUAACUGUUACACCAGCCCAAAAAUGGCUCUCCGAGGCAUAAAAGUUCUGGAAUUGGCCGGUUUGGCCCCCGCCCCCUUUUGCGGGAUGAUCCUGGCGGAUUUUGGAGCAGACGUCCUGCGCGUAGACAAGAUCGGAAGCGACACCAACGUCGACACCCUCGGCAACGGUAAAAAAUCAAUCGCCCUAAACCUAAAACACCCAGACGGCGUAACAAUCGUGAGAAACCUAGCCAAAAAAAGCGACGUCCUGAUCGAGCCCUUCCGUGCCGGCGUAAUGGAGAAGCUUGGUCUAGGUCCAGACAUCCUUCUAAAAGACAACCCCAAACUAAUCUACGCCAGAAUGACCGGGUACGGGCAGACCGGCCCUUUCGCCAAAAGCGCAGGUCACGACAUCAAUUACCUAGCACUGUCCGGCCUAUUAUCGCUUUUCGGACGAAAACACGAAAAGCCGGUUUUCCCCGUCAAUUACGCGGCGGAUUUCGCCGGAGGCGGUUUAAUUUGCGCUUUAGGAGUGACGUUGGCGCUUUUGGAGCGUCAGAAAUCGGGUUUGGGGCAAGUCGUCGAUAGUAGUAUGGUGGAAGGGACGGCGUACGUUGGCAGCUUUUUAUACAGGUCACAGGUGCUGCCGAUGUGGGGUCGACAAAGAGGGGAGAACAUUCUCGACACGGGGGCCCAUUUUUACGAAGUGUAUGAGACCAAAGACGGAAAAUAUGUGUCAGUGGGGGCUUUGGAGCCCCAGUUUUACGCGAAAUUGGUAGAGGGGUUGGGGAUUGACGAGGACGAGGCUCCGCAUUUUGGGGAUUUUGACAAAUUGAAGGUUUUAUUUGAGGCGAAAUUCCGCGAGAAGACGCUAGAGGAGUGGUGUGCGAUUUUCGACGGGACGGACGCUUGCGUCGCCCCCGUGUUGUCGCUAGAGGAGGCUCCUAAACAUCCGCAUAAUUUGGAACGGGGUAGUUUUGAAGGGGGCGUCCCCAAACCGGCGCCGGUUUUAAGCAGGACUCCCGGAAAAAGUAAGGGGAUGGAAAAGCUACCCCAAGUGGGGGAACACACGAGGGCGGUUUUAGCAAGCGUGGGCUAUUCUGAAGGCGAUAUUAACAAACUCGUGGAAAAUGGAGUGAUUGAUGUUUGUAAAUCCAAACUUUAAUCAAAAUGCGUAAAACCCAAGAAAAUUAAAUUCCCCUGAAAAUAAAGAUGAAAUAAUGAGGCUAUGAUUUUUACGAAUUUACACAUUUGUAGUUUAUAUAUUUUGGAAACUGGGGCUGUUUUUAUACUUACUUAAGUCAUGUUUUAAUAAACUUUAACAGAAUC